AUGCGUAUCAACAGAACUGUUGGAAUUUCAGUUGUUACUAAAAGAGACGCUGAUCUCGAUGCUGAAUAUGAAGAAGCAAUGGAAGAAAUUGAGUCUAUGAAAACGAAAUGUAAGGCAUUGGAGUAUGGGACUCAUACAACAGGACUCAUAACCAAUCUAAUCGGAGACAUUCCAGACAUUCCUCUUGUCACCGAUAUGGCAAAAAAUAUUGCUGCAGGCGUAUCUGCAGUAGCUCACGUAGCUGAAUAUGGAAUAAAUAUUGCCUCGACAGCGAUGGAAUGUGAUGACUGGAAUUUUGAGGAAAUAAAGGCAAUUAUGGAAAAAAGAUUUAGUGAGAUAGACAGGAAACUUGACAAAAUGACGCAAACUAUGGAAAAAGUCACCAAAAUGGUAACUAAAACUUUAUAUAGCGUUGAGAAAACUCGAGAAGAGAUGAAAUGGGGUUUUAAAACCAUACUAGCAACUCUGAAAAAUCUCGAAAUACAAACAAUACUGAGUAAAAUAAAUAAAUUUUCUCGAUAUUUUCAGGAAAAAAGGGACGAAAUAAUCAGACUGCCGGCAGAUCAAUUCGUAUUUCGUUUAACAGAGAAAGACGGUAUUCUAAGCUACUUGAAAAAAGUAAGGCUGCCUGAAGGUUUGCACUCAUAUCUGCUUGAACUAAUGGACAAAAAGAGUAAUUUUACGAUUCCUGAAAAUGCUGAUGAUUCAAAAGCAUUUCAAGCACUAUACGUUUUAAUUUAUGGAACACAAACUUAUGCAACAGUUCUGUUUUUUCUUCUAAAACAACACUGCUUUCUUGCAGACUACUACUAUCAGAAAGGCAAAGACAAAGAGUUCAACGUUCAAAUCAAUAUUUUAAUUACUACCUUCAAUGACUUCAAAGCAUCCUUAACUGGAGACAAGGGUUUAAUUAAUGACGUCAUUGAAACGUUGGAUGAAGUUAAAAACAAAGAUUUCAUUCAAGAUGUCAAGAAUGAGUUAUAUGUAGACAUAUCAAAGAGAGAAGAUGCUUUGAAAGAACUAAAGUCUAAAAUAACAGGCAUGGUCUUAAAUGUCAUAGAGGACAUGCCACAACCUGUUGAUGAUAUCGACUUCUCAGGUACUGUUAUUCCAUCUAACUAUGGAGAUUGGGAUGUGAAAUCAAAAGUAAGGUAUGCUGUGCAACUAAGAAAAAAUGGUGCUUACUCUAAAUUUAGUCAGUGGACUGAGCCUGUCAAAGUGGAGAGUCAAGCAAACCCUAUUGUUAAAGUACCCAGAGACGAGCAGGGAAGACAGAGGCUAGUUUUUCGAAAAUUUAAUGAAAACAAAGCCGAACUAGUAUACGUUUUAACAAAAUCUCAGGUAGAGUUUCGAGAUGUUGAUCGAGAUCUUUAUGAUGCAGUGGGAAGUAAAGAUCAAAUUAAAGCUUUGGAAUAUAUUCCCAAAUUACUUAAAGGAGGUGCAAAUGUGAAUGCAGUUUUUGAAACUAAAAGAAACGUUAUGCAUGCUGCCGCUGAAAGUGGAAACGUAAAAAUUGCUAUGCGAUAUCUUUCAAAUGAUACACAAGAUGAACUUGUAAAUGCUAGGGAUGAAAGAGGAUUUACACCAUUACAUGUUGCUGCAGGCACUAAAAUCUCCAAAUUUGUAUAUUUCUUGGUUACUCAUAAUGCCAGCAUAAAUGCCCAAACCAAGUUAGAUAGAUUAACACCACUACAUAUUGCUUCGAAAAAGGGCUACUACUCUACGGUUAAAUAUCUACUUGCAGCAGAUAAAAUCGAAAUCAAUCAAAAAGAAAAAUCGGGCUAUACGUCUCUACAUUUUGCUGUACGCGGUACUCCCAAAACUAUCAAACUGUUGCUUGAAGACGAAAAGAUCUUAGUUAAUGCUAAGUCAAAUUUCGGCCUAACUCCUUUCCACUUGGCUGUCAUGAAAGGGGAUAGAGGCAUAUGUGAUGCAUUGUUAAAUAGUGGCAAAGUAGAUGUAAAUGCUGGAAAUAAAGAUAAUCUAACACCACUUCACUUCGCUGCAAUGGAAGGAAAUAUAGAUAUGAUACAGUACCUUCUGUCAGGGAAGAAGGAAGUUGAGGAAGUUAAUGUCAAUGCAGUAACGUCUGAUAAUAAUUGGACACCACUUUUUGUGACUGUAUAUUUCAAACAGGAAAAUGCUGCUCUUGAAUUUCUUAAACACAACAAGAUUGAUGUCAGUAUUUCUUCCAAAGAAAAUGUCACUCUUCUUCAACUAUCCGUUGCAACCGGACAGAUGAAUGUAUUCGAUGAAAUAUUAAAAAAGGAUUCCAAUCCUGAGGCAGUAUCAAAAGAUGGAUUUACUGCCUUGCAUCUAGCAGCUUUGAGCCAAAGUUCCUUUAAGGCAGAAGUUACUGAUGUCAAAAAUUACUUUUCAAAUUUCGAAAGCUCUUUGAUGCAAAGUAUUGAUACUAAUGGAAUGCUGUUGUUACUGGAUCUGAUUAUUCGAAAGUUCAAAAAUGAAAGAUACAAAAGGAAUUUCAAACAUCCUUCAUAUACUUUGGAAUCUCAAGUUGUGGCAUUGAAAGUUAUUGAGAAAUUUAGUGAGUUUGUGGACAGUAUUAGUGAUGUACCAGCAGAAGAGUUGGUAGAUCUCGCUAAGUUGCAUUCAGAUAUAUACAAAUCCAUUGAAGGUGGAAACAGAGACAUGAUUUUCAGUAUUCUGUGCGAUCAAACAAGGCACAUUUUGAAUCCUGAGCUACUGAAGGCUUUCUUUUCUGAUCUCGUUACUAAUGCUCCUGAAAACCAAAACUCUCUUAACACUGUAGCACAACAUUGCUUGUCCAAAACUAAAAAUCGAAAUGCAAACAAGAUAUAA